CUAGAUUAUGCUCGUGAUAUACAGGCGCGGAUGCUAACGUAAUAUCGGCGAUCACGCCACCGCUCGUGUCCAUCCAUCCAACAACGGUUGAACAACCUGCCCAUCGAUUCGAUCGACAACGAAUCUUUGACUCGAUUAGGCAAGACAAAUGUCUCCAACAUGUACUUGGUACAACACCCGUACAACAGACUUAGUGAAACACUCGUGUUGGGACCAAUUAAACGGAUGAACCGUUUGGCUACUGCAUUACAAACGGCGAUUGGAUCUAUCCGAUGUUUCGCGUCCAUAUUUUUCGAUGUGUUCAGUUUCACUAGCACCAUGCCGAAAUAACUCCCAGUUGCCCAGAGCAAUGGACAACGCUGUAUGCAUACUCUAUGGCACUAGAAAGAAUCCCUUGAUCCGGGGACAGUGUCCUUUCAGACUUAAUGUUGUCGGUUUUUACCUUCGUCUUUCGAAAGCCGGUUGGCGGACAGCACUCAGGACAUUGGAAUGAGCUAUUUCAGGCGAUAUCUGU